AGAGGGAGACGAGAUUAGGAGGAGUGGAGGAGAACAGAACGGAGAGCAUUCAUUCACACAAGCUUUAAAUUGCCUUCAACACAGACACACUGAAUGCCAAACUACUAUGCAAAAUGCGAUGCUGGAACGAAAAGGGAGAGAAAUGCCCAUAGCUGUCGUUUCAGCAAUACUAAUAAUAAUAUAGUAGCCUACCUACGCGCCCUUUAUAAAAGUAAGUGAUAUCGCACAAAAGCAGGGAAACGGAACUGGAGAGAGAGCAGCGGCGAACUAUGCACUGAUGAUGAUUUCUGCCAGAAAAACUCCGGAGAAGAGUCGCUACCACCUGCAUUUUUUGGUGUGGCAUAACAAACACCGGCAGCUGGAGAAAGAGCUCUCAGCUCGCGAGCAGGUUGAUUUAGAAGUGUUGGACCCACGGGGUCGGACUCCUUUGCACCUGGCCGUGACGCUGGGCCAUUUAGAGUGCGCCCGUCUGCUAGUCCAGCAUGGAGCCGAUGUCAGCAGAGAAAACAGAAAUGGCUGGACAGUGUUGCAGGAGGCCAUCAGCUCACGUAACCCGGAGAUGGUGCGUCUGGUGCUGCGUUACCGGGACUACCAGCGCACCACCAAGCGACUGGCGGGGAUCCCACGCCUGCUGGAGAGACUCCGACAGGCACAGGACUUUUACGUGGAAAUGAAAUGGGAGUUUACAAGUUGGGUUCCUCUCGUGUCUCGUAUCUGUCCGAGUGACACAUAUCGGGUAUGGAAGAGUGGCCAGUGUUUGCGGGUGGACACAACGCUCAUGGGAUUUGAGCAAAUGACCUGGCAAAGAGGCAAUCGCAGCUUCAUAUUCAGGGGUCAAGACUCCAGCGCCAUGGUAAUGGAGGUGGAUCAUGACAGACAGCUGGUGUUUUGCGAGACGCUGCCGUGCCUCUCUUCCUCUCCCACCUCGCCCUCCACCAGGCCGUGCACAAACACUUUGCGCCUUCUGGGGGCGCUGCAGCCCAGCGACGAACAGGUGGCAGCCCGUCUAUCUGCUCCCGUGGUAGCGACGCAGCUGGAUACCAAGAACAUUUCCUUUGAGAGGAAUAAAACGGGCAUUCUUGGCUGGCGUAGUGAGAAAACGGAGGUGGUGAAUGGGUACGAAGCAAAGGUUUACUGUGCUUCUAAUGUUGAGCUGAUCACACGUACACGUACUGACCAUCUCACCGACCAGCACAAAACAAAACCCAAAGGGGGCAAGACUCCUCUGCAAUCCUUCCUGGGUAUCGCUGAACAGCACAUAGGGCCUAACAACGGACACACUAUGGUGACUCAGAUAUCAUGUCCUGCAACGAACCCUUUGGCCGUGACGGCAGAGGAGUACUUUAAUCCCAACAUGACUCAGAGAGACAUCGGCCAGCCCUGUCACCUCACCACCAAAACACAAAGGUUCAAAGCCAAGCUGUGGUUGUGUGAAUCACACCCUUUAUCUCUGUCGGAGCAGGUGGCUCCUAUCAUCGACCUCAUGGCCAUCUCCAACGCACUGUUCGCCAAGCUUAGGGACUUCAUCACCUUGCGCUUGCCUCCUGGCUUUCCCGUCAAAAUAGAAAUUCCCAUCUACCACAUCCUGAAUGCUCGCAUCACCUUUGGGAACCUAAAUGGUUGUGAAGAGGGUGGUUUGCCCCGAGUGGAUGCUGAAGGGGACGGACAGAAGGACAGCCCCAGGACAGAGACUCCAUCUCCAGGCAGUGACUCCUCCAGCGUGUCCAGCUCCAGCUCAACAAACUCGUGUCGCGGAGGAGAGAUCCCAUCUUGUGUGUUUGAGGCUCCGCGAGGGUACAGCAUUUUAGGAGGAAACCAGAGGGAGAACAUUAGAGAAGAGGAAGAUGAUCUCCUACAGUACGCCAUCCAGCAGAGCCUGAUAGAGGCAGGAUCAGAAUAUGACCAGGUGACGAUCUGGGAGGCUUUGACCAACAGUAAGCCAGGAACACACUCUCUGUCCUGUGACCCCAGCCGGCACGAAAGAACCCCACAGCACAAACCCAGCCCUGUGGAGAGCCCUCGCAGCACACCGACCAAUAAGCCACCACGCAGCUAUGACGAGCAGCUGCGUCUAGCCAUGGCACUGUCCGCCCGUGAACAGGAAGAGGCGGAGCUACGUCAAAGACGAGAGGAAGAGGAACUGCAGCGUAUCAUUCAGCUGUCACUCAUGGAGAAGUGAGGAACUGAGGGGUCGGAGAGCAUGUCUAGGGAUCUGGAACCAACUACGCUGGCCAUUCCCAAAGGCCCCACCCUCUUCUUCCAAAGAACUGGAUAAAAUGGGCCGAUCUCUUGUCCAGUCUUGAGUGAAUCGUUCAGAAUCACAGAGAAACCUCGGUCUUCACUGCAAGUUUACAAACAAAAACUAUUAAAAUCAUGGCAAUCCACUGACUGAUCAGCACCGGUCUGGUCUCUGAACGUGUGAAUGUGCAUUUAUGACUGAGAAAGUCCACACUGCGGACCUUGGCAUUGUUUCUAAAAGCCAUCAUCAUCUGAGCACUUGCUGAGAGUUCUUGCAGUAGGUGUAAGUUCUGGGGGAAUCUUGCCACUUUUUUUAGUUUUAAAUUAUAGAAUAACUUUAAUUUUGGUUUCUAAUACACAUCAGAUUGACUGUACUUGGAUUGAGGAGCCUUGAUGUCUCCUUAAAGAAUGUUUGAGGGCAUUUAAACAAGAGUUUAUGCUGCAGCUCCAUCGAUCUUGAUGGGAAUGCUGCGUUCACAAAAAGCGUAGAAGGAAAACUUAAUGAUUUGUUUAAGUGACACUUCCAUUAAGUAACCAAAGUUGCUUAAUAACAACUUUGGUUAAUGCCAUUUCAUUAAUCCUUAAAAUUUGAGGAUCUCAUACAGGAGGGUUUUGAGAAAAUGUUUUCCCAUUUGAUUUCAAAGACCAGUUCGCAGUAGCGCGAAUGUUUGACAUGAAAAUUCAGUCCGAGUUUUGCAAGCCAUUUGUCUGUUCAGACCAAUAUGAAAAAAGAUAAUUUUCUCUCUGAAAGUAGGUGGCAAUUAUGGAAAAAUAAGGUACAGGGGACCAGUGGUGCUCAGGUUUCCAUUUUGACAAACUGCUUGUCAUGGAAGUUUAAUGGUGUGUGCAGACCAAAAGUUAAUCUAAUUAUUUGCGCAAGUAAAUUACAUACAAAGUCAAUGCAAAGACAUGAAUAGACACGAAUUUGUGCCGGCUGAUGCAAAGGAAUGCGAAUUGGGCAAUACAUUUGCCUUGAUCAUGCAUUAUACACCUUAAUCACGUGCAAGUUUAAAGGUUUUAACUCGAGAUGAAAAUUCGCAAGAUGCAUUGUCACGUAAUCCGAUCAGAGAAGAGCUUGUUGAUACAUCCGUUUGUAACAGAAAAGGAUUUUUAUUUAUUUAUAAGAUUUAUUUUCCGUUUUUUUCUGACUGGACAGUAGUAAUGCCAUGAUGCGAAAUAGGAGAAAGAGAGGGGGGUGGGAUCUGGAAAGGUUCAUGAGAUGGGAUUCAAACUUGGGACGCCCAUAGGGCAAUGGCUUCUAUUGUUUUUAUUUAUGCAAGUGAUGCGAAAACAUCCCACAGAUAAUUUAGAGAAUGUAAAGUGAUACAAAUGUUAGCUUUGCUUUUGCUGUUCACACUAUUAGAGAAGGUGCUCCCUGUAGAGCUGAUGGAUCUAGCUUUCCAUCCAGCUCCACCUCCCUGGACAUAACAGUUGGAGCUUGAAGGUCCAAUCACACCCUAACUAUAACCCUAUCCCUAAACAUAACUAGGUCGAGCUCCACCCAAUAGGUCCAAAGAGGUGGUGCUGGACUAGGUAAUGCUAGGGUCACCCAUUUGACCCUGCAGUGAUCACCAAAAAAUAGAUAAAAUAUUGCUUUAAUAUAUAGUUCUAACCCUAAAAAUGGAUUUUGCGCAAUCCUGUCUAUAAAAUCCUUUACCACACUUUUUGUAGUGUGUAAGCACCCUAAAGUGAAUGCCAAACCCUGCGAUAUGACAGAAUUUGGCAGUAACCCUCUGUGCACUGUCAAUGGCAUGAUUUUUAAUUAUUAGCCAGAUUGAUAAUUCAAACACUGGAGAAGUUAUUGUAAUGGUACACUUUGACAGUUAAUAAUAAGAUUUCUUUGAAUCUGAAUCAAAUGCUCAUUGCAAUAUUCAUAAUGUGUGUCCUAAAUGCACUUUUUUGGGGGGGAAAAAUAUCUGCAUACAACACAGUGUGUGUGCUCUACUUCAAAUGGUGCUAAGUUGAUUUUCAUAUUGACUAUUAGGUAAGUAAAUCAGUGUAAUUGUCAUGAUAUGCAUUCAUCCGUCUGUUCAAUCACUCAACAACAAUGUUUCUUUCUCGGCCUCCAUUCAGUGCUUCCAUCAACAUUACCAUCAGAGCUCAUUGUCUCAUGACUGGAACACCUGCGGUAGCUAAUCAAAAAUGGAAUUGUGCUUUCAUGAGGGGUGCCAGUUCUGGAACAAAACAUGAAAGGAGGAAUCACUCGCAGAGAUAAUGCCCUGAGCGAAGAGGAAGUGGAAAGUUUUAUUGAAGAAUCUUAAAAUAGAUGUUUCUCCUUAGUCAGAUAUAUUCUGGGCCUGAGUGACGUGCCCUCAGGGUUUGAUGUUAUCAGGUGAAUCUGAAAAACAAAUUAGGAAACAUGGCCAUACUCCACGUCUAAAAAUCUUCAAUGCUAAAGCACAAGGGAUUAAGCGUCAGUUUUCAAAGGAAACGGAUGUGAUGAAGGUGUCUGGAGACAGAGCUCCUGAUAAACACAUAGGUUUGAUCUUAUGAUUGUGCGACUCGUGAAUGCUGGUUCAGUCAUUAAGGAAUGCUUGAUAUGACGUUUUAGUAAAAGAUAUUAUAAGAGCAUUAUUUAUAUUUAACCGUUUUUAAUUUGACUUUGGUUGAUGCUGUGGUUUGUGUGGAGUGCUGCUGUUGUGUUUGUAUGUGACAAAUAUAUUGUUCACAUUUGUAACUUAAAGGCAUUCAGAAUAAAGGACAUCUA